CUGGCCUCUACGUCAUCUAAAGUCGUCACAUGACUGUCAGAGAGCAAGCACAACAGGAAGAUACUUCGGGCUUUAAUGGUCAAAGGUCACCAUGGGGUCUGCAGUGGAGAGGACUGAUGAACACGUGAGAGAGUAUCUGAUCUACCGAGGAUUCACCAGCACGCUGAAAAAUCUCGACAUCGAGAUCAAGGCCGACAAGGAGAAAGGCUUCAGGGUGGAUAAAAUCAUUGAUCAGCUGCAGCAGUUCGUCCAGAAUUUCGACCUGUUCGGUCUGAAGGAGUACUGGCUCUACCUGGACCGACGCCUCUUCUGCAGACUGGAGGACGUUUACAGAUCAACCGUCAACAAGCUGCGGACAAGCCUGUACAGAUAUUAUGUCAUUAACACCAUCCAGAAAGGAAACCUGGAGAAGACUCAAGAGUUCUUCCAGAAGCAGGCACUCGAGCUGCAGGGUCAGGCCGAGUGGAGGGAUUGGUUCAUCCUGCCAUUUAUCCCCGCCCCCGAGCAGAACUCCGCUUUCUCUCCGUACUUCUCCCGCCAGUGGGCCGACACCUUCCUGGUUUCUCUUCAUAACUUCCUAUCUGUCCUCUUCCAGUGUAUGCCCCAGCCCGUCCUGCUUAGUUUUGAUGCUGAAGUUCAGAGAACGACGAGCCUGACAGAAGAAAAUGAACAGCUCCGACAGCUGCUGUUCGCUCUGCAGACAGAAAACCGGGACCAGAGGGACGGAGACGAGGUGGUCCACCACAAGCUGCCGGUCUACGUCCAGAACAUGGACCGUCUGGGAGACACUGAGCUGGACUUGGUGUCGAGCACACGGGCUGCCAGCACCACCGCCACUCCUUCCAGAAACUUUUUCUCUACAUUCCUACCGCAGGGAAAACGCACUCCGGGGAAACCGCCUCAAAUCUCAACGGGGUCCUCGCCAAGCCAGGUAGCAGUGGGCAGGAAGGAGCCACCAACCAAUCCACCUGCGAAGUCCAAAGAGACGGUCCAAUCCAAGGAGGUGAAACCGAUGUUGAGCCAGACAACAUCCAGUGAACCUGUGAGCUCCCAGCAAUCCCAGCAGUCCAUAAACCAGUCAACGAGCCAACCGGCACACGCCAGACACAAGAGGAUCCAGGAGCACGAGAAAGAGAGGAAGGAGCUUUUCUCUAAACCGCCAUCACAGGCCCCAGAGAAGAAGACAGAGACAGGGGAAACAGAGCCUGUUACAGAGACCCCCAGUGAACCUCCAGAGUCUUCCUCCUCCACCAAGAGUUCUGCAGGAGUAGGAGUGGAGGGAGGGGGUCUGCCAGCCGAACAGCCUUUUAUUAAACUCAGCCAGGAGGAGUAUGGAGAACACCACUCCUCCAUCAUGCACUGCAGGGUUGACAGUUCUGGUCGCCGUGUUGCCAGUUUGGACGUAGACGGAGUCAUCAAGGUUUGGUCCUUCAACCCCAUCAUGCAGACCAAAGCCACCAUCAUGUCCAAGUCUCCUCUGCUGUCUCUUGAGUGGGCGACCAAACCUGACAGACUGUUAUUACUCGGCAGCGGUGUUGGCACAGUGCGGCUCUACGAUACAGAUGCCAAGAAGAAUCUUUACGAGAUGAACAUCGAUGAAACUCAUCCACGUAUCUUGUCUCUAGCCUGCAGUCCCAGUGGUUCCUCCUUUGUCUGUUCAGCUGCAGCUCUCAGCCGAUCAGGGAGCCUCGACGCCGUUCCUCGACUUCCUAUACCGGUGUCAGGACAGCUGCUGCUGUGGGACACCAAGACGGUCAAACAACAGGUCCAGUUCUCUUUAGAACCUGAACCAGUGGCCAUUAACUGCACAGCCUUCAAUCAUAACGGAAACCUGCUGGUGACAGGAGCGGCGGACGGAUUCAUCAGACUGUUCGAUAUGCAGCGAUAUGAGAGCGCUAUGAGCUGGAGAGCUCAUGACGGAGAAGUUUACAGCGUGGAGUUCAGCUACGAUGAAAACACUGUCUUCAGCAUCGGGGAGGAUGGGAAGUUCAUCCAGUGGAACAUCCAUCGGUGUGGCGUGAAGCAGUCAGAGCAGGUUUUACCUCAGGAUGCCACGGGACCCUUCGUUCUGUCAGGAUACAGCGGAUACAAACAGGUUCAGGUUCCUCGAGGUCGACUCUUUGCCUUUGACUCUGAAGGACAGCACGUCCUGACCUGCUCGAGCACCGGAGGACUCAUAUACAGACUGACCAAUGGGGAGCCAGCGUUGGAGAGUGUGCUUUCACUAGGCGGGCACAAAGCUCCAGUGGUGACAGUUGAUUGGUGCUCAGCGGUGGACUGCGGUACCUGCCUGACCGCCUCCAUGGACGGAAAGAUCAAACUAAGCACGCUCCUGGCACAGAAGUCCUGAGUGAAGACAGCCGGGUUUCAGAGGUCGUCAGAGUUUUUAUUUUGUUUUCACAUUAACAUAGUCUGAUGAAUUCAGAAUGUCAUUAUCAAAACCUACAAAGCUGAGAUAAAUUUACAAUAAAAUCAAACUGAAAGUGAA